AUGAAAGAGAUAUCAAAAUCAAAGAGCGACCAUGUCAGUAAAAAAAUUAAAACUCGCGUGGAUAGAGAAUGAGAAAUCAAGAGCAAAUAAAUCGAAGAAAAUAAUGGUAUGGUUAAUGAAAAAGGUUAAAGAAUUCAGUAAUUGUGUGAUGUAUUGGUGUGCAUUAUCAUGUUUAACCCUAAUGAGGUUGAGCCAAUGGUAUGGCCAUCUGUUGAGAAGACUCGUGGUAUCCUAGAUGGUUUCUUCUCCUUACCGGAGAUCGAGAAGAAGAAGAAAGAGAUGAAUAUUGAGUCAUACCUGAAGGAAAAGACGAAGAAGGUUCAUGAGCUAUUUCUGAAGACUCAUAAGAAGCACAUGGGUUAUAUCAUUGAUCAGCUGAUGGUGCAACUGCAUCGCGGUCGAAGAAUUGAUGAUCUUAACAUGAGUGAGAUUUAUAAUUUGUUAUCUUUCUUAAAGGAUAAUAUUAUACUUCGUAGGAAUGAGCUAAAAUUUGUGCAAUAUCCUCCUCUUCACGAGCCACCGAUGCUUCCACUUGAGGCGCAACUCGAGGAUCUUAGAUCAACCAGAAAUAAUGUUUUUGUAAGCGGUGGUAUGGUUGAGGAGAGAGCUUGGAAGACUAAUGAAGAAACUGAAAGGAUUAGCAUUGGCAAUGUAGUAAAGGGGAAUCAAAGUCAAUACUUGAUUGAUAAAUGGGUUUUUCCUUCUCCAUUAACACCUAAACCUAGAAACAACCAACUAAUCGAGAUGGGUAUGGUAUCUUACAACCAAAACCCUAACCAUGCUCUAUACCAAGGAAACAACACUAUAGCAAUCAACAAUGGUACCUGUCAAGAGUCACCUCCUAAUGGAACUAUCGUUGGAGAAGAUGUGGAAGAUAAGCUGAUGUGA